CCCUCCCUUCGCCGCUUCCAUCACAUCACAUCGUCUUCUUUCUCUCUUUUGGCUUCCUCGCUCUGUCUCUCUCUCUCUCUCUCUCUCUCUCUCUCUCUCUCGGGUCGAUUGAGCACGUGGGAUAGACGCCAUGAGGAUGAGCUGCAACGGAUGCCGGGUUCUACGCAAGGGGUGCAGCGAGAACUGCAGCAUCCGCCCCUGCCUGCAGUGGAUCAAGAGCCCUGAGUCGCAGGCCAAUGCCACUGUCUUCCUCGCCAAGUUCUACGGCCGCGCUGGCCUCAUGAACCUUAUCAACGCCGGCCCCGACCACCUCCGCCCCGCCAUAUUUCGAUCUCUGCUGUACGAGGCUUGCGGCCGGAUCGUCAACCCGAUCUACGGCUCCGUCGGGCUGCUGUGGUCCGGCAGCUGGCAGCUCUGCCAGGCGGCGGUGGAGGCGGUGCUCAAGGGCGCCCCUAUCGUCCAGAUCCCCUACGAGAAGGCAGCCUCCACCCCGGCCCCGCCGCUCAAGGCCUACGACAUCCGCCAUGUUUCCAAGGACUCCGCCGCCGCCGCCGCCCGGGCCGCCGAGGAGCUCCACAAGGUCAACAAGCCCCGCUCCCGUUUCAAGCGCUCCGGCGCCAAGACCGCGAGGCCGGACACCCCCUUGCCCGAGUUCCAGCGGGCUCGGAGCCACGAGUCGGCGGCCAGCCACGCGACCGAGCCCGGCCCGUCGGCAGCCGCUGCCGGCGGAGAAGACGCGGAGUGCCGCGAGAACGAGAGCAUGGCCUCGGCGGACACCGCGGAGGAGGCGUCGCACGUGAGCCAGGGGGAGCCGCAGAGGGCCGAGGAGGCGGAGCAGGAAGAGGGGGAGAUCAGUCUGGAGCUUACCCUCGGGCUCGAACCGGCGUCCCGGUCGGCUCGGCCCGCCGAGCACGAGGCGGCGCCGCGGUGCGACGUCAGCAGCUGGGAUGCUGUCGCGUGCACGAGCGGUCUCGGCCUGGCGCUUCCACCUCCAUCAUGAUCCAAACCAGGAAGUGACAGAUAUAAUGAAGAGCAGUGAGAGGCUUCUCGAGUUUGCCUUGAGGAAUUUGUUUUACAUCGCCCUCUUCUUUUUCUUUGAUCUUUCUUUCCUCUGUCUUGUGCAGAGGAUUGAAGAGUUCUAUAAUUCAUGAUUCCCCAUCUCCGGGUAGUGUAUUAGAUGCUAGGUGAGGACUAGUUUCAUGUGUGCACAGUGACUUUGGGCUAAAGUUAAUCCCAUGUAUGUGUAUUCAGGUAGGAGAUUGAGAUCAAAGUUUCUACUUUCUCUAAUAGUUGGUGGUGGUCCGAAGCUAUGGUUCAUGUUUUGCCCUUUCAUUUCAGUAUUCUUUGCAGAAUUGUCAAAUCACAAUGGUAAAAUCCAUUGCGGUUGGUCGCUUCUUGGAAAACCUGCUCCGGUGUUAGGAGAAGAUGAAAGGAAAACAACAGAGCAACUUCUCUUUCUU